AAACUCCUCCUUCACGCUUACGCCAUCCACGAAACAACCAUCUUUAUAAGCCAGGUCUCGCACAAGACAUCGUCUAUUCAGAGCUCCACAUCAGCCCAGCAGUUUGAGGAUAACAAAAAGGUCAUCAAAAUGCCAGCCAGCCUCUGUGGUACAUGGGACAUCAUCAGCAAUGACAACUUAGAGGGCUACAUGGUUGCAAUGGAUUUACAAACAAGGACAUCACUUCCUCUACCGUUCAGGUAUCAGCCCGGGUAUACGAAAGAUUGCCCUGAAGCUAAAGCUCAAGAAGAGGGUCAGGAGUUUGAGGAGUUUACCAAGGGACUGGACAACAGACAAGUGAAGUCACUGGUGAGGUGGGAGGGGAUUAAACUGGUGUGUGAACAGAUUGGAGAGAAGAAGAACCGGGGCUGGGCUCACUGGGUCGAAGAGGACAAGCUGCAUCUGGAGCUGUACUGCGAAGGAGAAGUCUGCAAGCAGGUUUUUUUAAGACGAAUGGGAACGAGUGAAGAGAAAUGAAAGAGGUUUUUCUGAAGGAGUUACUCUGUGAUGACCAGCAUUGUGUGUUGGAUUCACCACUCGAACCCCUGAACAGCUAAACCACAUUAAAUCAAAUUGUAUUGUGAGUGAUUUACUCUGUUAUGUAACUUCAAUGCUAAGAGCAAGAACUAAUAUUUUUCCUCUCAAUGAUUUGGAUUUUCACCACUAGAUGGCAGGAGUACAUUAUAUUUGUCAGAUACUGUCUUUGUCUACACUGGUUUGUAGCUCAAUGGUGCUGGGCCUCCAAUAAAAACGAACGAAUCUGUUCCCUUUAAAAUAGCUUAACAACAGAACACUUUGUAUAUAUAUUUUUUGCGUUUCAAAUAUAUUUCCUUUGCACUAACAUGGGCUGUCCAUCUGUUAUUUGGUUGAGCUUUUGGUAAAAAGUCAUGUUGCAACUGUAGAUACAUGUAUAUCCAAUGUAUUACAGUGUGAGGUGAAGGGUAUAUACAGUAUAAUGCAAACCUUUAUAACCUAAUAAAAUGCUUUGUUAUCCAA